CGCGGGAAACGUAACAGCUUCCUACACCAGCUUUCGAGACUCUCCUACUCGCGCCAGCCUCGAUUUGAGUAUUUCGCCAAAUACCACGGUUCCCCUUCAGUAAGCAGCCAAGACUAUCGAAUCUUUCUCUUAAGCCUUCGAGCCCGUCCGGCCGGGCGAUUUCGACGAUCUUCAAAUUCCCGGCUCGGAUUUGGCAUUGUCGCUCUCCCUCCGAUUGCUCCGUAGCUCCUCGCAACCUUAUGAGCUCAGUUUUGUGAUUCGAUCUGUCCCUUUCCUGGGGUGCGGCACCGCGUCCAUCGCGGACCGCAACGCAAGAUGGCGGCAACAUUGGCCAUCACGGACGCGCAGGCCGAACUUAUCAACUCCCUAUCUCAAGAAGAUAUUCCAGCGAAGCUCAGAUGCGCUAUUUGCAGCAAACUAGCCCUCAACGCGUUCCGCUUGCCCUGUUGCGAGCAGGCAAUCUGCGAAAGCUGCCAGGCCACACUGCCUCCUUCGUGCCCGGUCUGCGAGCACUCCCCGUUGUCUGCCGACGACUGCAAGCCACACAAGGCGCUGCGGACGACUAUCAAGGUAUUCUUGCGGACCGAAGAAAAGAAGCGGGAGUCAAGUCGGCCCAAAGAUGCUACGCCCGUCACGCCCGUCGAACCCAGCCCAGCGUCGGCAGCUGCACCGGUGAUUCCAGAGCCAAACCUGUCAAUGCCAGCCACAGAAAGAGCCGAGCCUGCCGCGGAGCAACAGCCCGCAUCUGUAGAACCAGUCGCUGAGGGGACCCCCGCUCUCGCGGACCGUCGAGCAGGUGGGGAAACAGUGCCUGACCAGCAGGGUACGGAUUCUACGGACCAGAUCGGGGAAGACUCUGAACGGCUGCACGAAAAUGCAUUAGACGGGGAACCCCAAUCUCAUGCUUCAACCGGUCCUGCCCCGGCUCAACAGGGUUCCGAAAUUCCCGACGGCAAGACUGGCGGCGAAGCAGGAGAUGAAGACGAAACUGGCAACGACAAACAGCUAAUCCCCGAUGGCUCCGAGGCGACUCAGGCGGAAGGUGCGAAUGGCGCAUUUCCACAGCCGGGGUUUGGCCCUGGAUUCGAUCAGAUGCAGAUGAUGAUGGCCAUGCAAAACGGAUUCGGCAACUUUCCAAUGAUGGGCAUGCCGGGCAUGAACAUGGACCCAAUGAUGAUGCAGAUGUACAUGAGCGGGGGUUUUCAGGGCAUGGGCAUGAACGGCAUGAACAUGAAUAUGGGGAUGGGAGGCUAUGGGACCGAAGCCGAUAACUGGAGCGGACAGCAAUCAUGGAAUGUCGGCCAAGAUAAUUACAAUCAUCCAAGCGCUUCUGGCAUGGGCAAUGGUGAUUAUGGCUCGUUUAACUCUGGCUUCCAGACAGGAUACAAUCAAGGUAAUUAUGGCCACCAGAACCAGUUCAAUGACUAUCGCCGGAAUCAGUACGGGUUCCGCGGUAGGGGUCGAGGCCGCGGUUACGGAUACGGAUACGGCCGCGGAGCGGGCUACCACCACAGUCAUGGCGGCGGAAAUUUUAACGACCAGGGCUACGGCUACGGCUACGAAGGCCAGCACUUCCAGAACGGCAUGCGAAACCCGGGCGGCUAUUCCGGUAGCGUUGGUGGAACGAGUGAAGGGAAUCCCGAUGCAAAUGUCGACGAGUUUGGGCGUUCUUUGCAAGGUGAGAAUGGCCCAGGCGGCGAAGAAGGCGGUGGUCAAGGCCAAGGACCCGAAUCCUCUGCCAACGGCAGCGCACAGCAGCAAGGAAGCGGUGCCAUCCCAGAGGGCGCAAGCGAGGCCAAUGCAGAUGGUGUAACAGCCGGUAUUCCCAGCGAUGGCCAAGGUCCCCGCGCGAUUAAUCCCGACGUGCCUCUGAACGCGCCCAAGGGUCCGAAAGCCAUGCUGCAGGGUCUGCCCAAUACUAGUUAUAAGCAUCUCCAGGCCAGGGGCUGGGUUGAUGAUAAUAACAACAAAGCACAGACGCCUACCAGCGCGGCUAACAGCCAUGCGGGGUUUGAAACCCAUCCGCCAUCGAGGUCGCGCAGUGCUUCGUCCCCCCACGGCUCGGCUCGUGGGUACUACCAGGAUAGAAGGAGAAGCAGGGAGCGUGAUUCCUAUUCUCGGAGUGGCCGCGACCGUGAACACCGGCGCCGUGGCAGGGAGCGGGAGCGGGAUCGGGAUCGGUCACGGUCACCGCCGCCCUCGUCGAACGGGAGCAGAAGUCGAAGCCGAAGCCGAAGCCGAAGCCGCGAUUACGACAGGGAGCAACAACAGCAGUCGUUCCAUAGGCGGAGUAGCCGACGGCAGCGAUCAUACUCGCCACCGGCCAAGGAUGGUGCCGAAAGCGAAGACGAGCGACGCCACCACCGGUCACAUCGCAGGAAGCACUCGUAUGAAGGAGAGCCCGAGGGUUGGAAGUCAAAGUCUCGUUCCGGGGGUGGAAAAGAAGAGCAGAAUAAUGACGACGAUGUCGGCGACGAUGGGAGAUCGAGAUCGGCCUCGCCUAUCGCUGAUGAUGAGGGGCGGCGGCCGGGCCAUCGGAGCAGCCGGAAAGAGCGCCGGCAGCGAGAAAGGGAAAAGGACAAGGAAAGGGAGAAGGAUCGAGACCGGAAGUCGAGCCAUCGCUCCCAUGGCGAGAGGGACUAUGAUCGGUCUGAGAGGGAUCGGGAUAGAGAGAAGGAUCGCAAUCGGAACCGGGAGCGGGACCGGGAGCGGGAUAGGGAACGGGAUAGGGACCGCAAGGAGCGUCGCGAUCGUGACCGGGAACGUGAUCGCGACCGGGAUCGAGAUCGAGAUCGAGACAGAGAGAGGGACCGCGACCGUGACCGCGACCGUGAUCGCGACCGGGGCAGAGACCGCAGUGAUAAGGAGCAUCGGCACCGAAGUAGCAAGACGUCGGCGGCAGCAACAAACGAGCAGGCUAGUGGAGAAGCCGACAAAGAAUUCCAAGCCCCGACUGGGCCCAAGUCCUCAGGUAGUCGAGGACUCGAGAUCAAGGGAGCGGGAAUUGACAGCAGCCGGCGCUCCUCGCUGACGGCAGCCACCAGUUCGGGCCUGGGUCCGGCGGCCACGGACCCGCAUGCCGCUGAGCGUGCCGCUCGGGACCGUGAACGGCUGCUUAAGGAGACGAGGCGGAUGGCGAGUUUGACGGGACUAGCAGGGGCGAAGCGCGGGCGGGAUCGUGAUGAGGGCGGCGACGAUUCCAGAAAAAGCCGCCGAAAGGGGCGGCGCGGGGAGAUGGUCAGUAUUGAUGAUGAGGAGGAGAGGAUGAAACGGCUUGAGACGGAGAGGGAGCAGGCUAGAUAUGAAUAAGUGUGAAACCCCAGUACAACGAUCUGGGUCCUGUUUAAGCCGGCCAGUGGGCGGAUGAAUGUAAAUUUUUUUUUCCCCCUUCAAAUUUCGUUGCGCAUGGGAAGUGCGUUCGGGGUCUUGAAUUCUUCUGCACUGAGUGCCUCCUUGGCAUCAUGGAGCGGAAGGGUCACGGUAUCAUAACCUAGAUAAUGCCUAGAUGCC